AUGGCUUGGAUGACGUCGUUGAUUGUUGGCUUAUGUCAUCUGAUCCUGGUGAAUUCUGCAGAUGUUCAUUACUCUGUGACAGAACAAAGCAAAUCAGGCCUGCUUGUGGGCAACAUUCCAGAUUCCAUCGAUCUCGUUAACCUGGUAUCUCAAGCCAGUAUUCCCUAUAUGAAGUAUAGUUUCUUGAGUAUAGACUCUAACUUGCGAAAAUAUUUCUCCCUGAACGAAAAAUCUGGUGAUCUCAGACUGUCAUCAUCAGAAGUGUUGGACCGGGAGGCCGUUUGUCAGUUUGACAUCACCUGUAACCUUGAACUUCAAAUAGCCAUACAGUCCACCCACACUCAGUUCUUCCGGAAAGUGCUGGUUAGUAUUGACGUCAUAGACAUCAACGAUCAUGUGCCAGAGUUCAAGGAAAACUUCACCACGCUAACCAUCUCCGAAUCUGUACAAAUACCGUCCUCUUUUCCUCUACCAUCCGCCAUAGACAAGGACACUGGUAUCAAUAAUUCUUUACAGGGCUAUGAGAUAUUUCCCCAAGAUGGUCCGUUUGAACUUUCUUACUCCAAGUCCAACUCCAAUCUGAUGCUCAGGGUAGUCAAAGAAUUGGACCAUGAAAUGAGAGAUCUAUAUACAGUGAAGAUUAUUGCACGAGAUGGGGGCGACCCUGCCAGGGAGGGAGUGUUGAACGUUGACAUCAUUGUUGAAGAUAUUAACGAUAAUGCUCCAAAGUUUACACAAGAUAAAUACGCAAAAGUCGUAGACGAAACUGUGAAUCCAGGUUCAUUACUGCUCACCCUCAAAGCCGUCGACGCUGACUCGGGAAAGAACGGACAAGUCAGGUACAGGCUGAGCCCUCAGCAGCCGGCACACAUACUGUCUAUGUUUUCUGUGGACACAACUUUGGGUGAGCUACGUCUUGUAGGGGACUUCCAGUACGCUGAAACAGAAUUAUACAAGAUUGACGUGGAGGCCAGCGACAUGGGCGACCAGCCAUUCACAACCAAAACAACUGUUUCCAUCACUGUGGAAGAUACUAUUAACAGCAGACCCAAACUGUUAGUUAGUUAUCUCUCUCAAAACAAUUAUUCAUCAAUUUCAGAGUACGCUAAUCUUGGUGUGGCCGUGGCUCACAUUCUAGUCAAAGAUACAGACAGGGGUCCUAACGGCAUCGUUCAAUGCAAUCUGACAUCAGGAGGCUACUUUGAGCUUCAGAGCUACGAUAUCAAGGAGUACAAGGUGAUAGUGGCGCGCUCACUAGACAGAGAGGUCAUCCAGGUGCACAAUGUGACUAUUGAGUGCACGGAUGCAGGCCUGCCUUCCCUCAGCACCACCGAAACGUUUCAGGUCAGAGUUAUAGAUGAGAACGACAAUGCUCCAAUAUUCCCAAAACGCUUCUACAACAUGACUAUCAGAGAAAACAACGAAAUCGGAAGAGAGAUUCUAACGGUAGCUGCUAUGGACGCUGACGAUCGCGCCACAGGAAACGGAAAAAUUACAUACAGCCUCCAAGAUGUCAGUAAUGGACAGCUGCUAAUCAAUCCAGACACCGGGGUUAUCAAAGCCAUGACCUCAUUUGAUUACGAGCUUAAGCGACAAAUUAACUUUACGGUUGUGGCUGACGACAACGGUAUACCCCGAAGAUCUGCCAAAGUUCCCGUCAGGGUCACCAUCCUUGAUGAAAACGACCAGGUUCCUUAUUUCGCCCAAAGCCGAUUCACAAUUGCGGUCUCAGAAUACGCAAGUCGCGGGGAUUUAAUAGGGGAAAUCACAGCGUUUGAUUUCGAGCAGGGCAGAAACGGGCAGUUUGAAAUUACUAAGAUUCCAGGUUCUGGCAGAGGCAAGAUGACACACAAGAGCGGUGUUUAUUACAGCGGAUCCGUUGAUAACUCCCCGGUCGAUUUGGAGAAAUUAGACGACGACAAAAUCCCUUUUGAAGUCCAUCAUAACGGAAGCUUAAUCCUUCUGGGUGAAUUGGACCAUGAAAUUAGAUGCUCAUACGAGUUUGAGGUUAGAGUCACGGACAAAGGAGAACCACCGCUCAGUGACACGGCAACUGUAGUCAUCGAUGUGACUGAUGAGAAUGACAACACCCCCUACAUCUUGCACCCCAAUGUCUCUGAGGUCAUGUUUGUAGCCCUAACGGGCGCCGAUGCUCCUCAAACAUUGUUUUCUUUUGAAGUUCUAGAUAGAGACAGUGGCAGCAACAGUUUCCUGGUAUAUACAGUGACAGCCAGGAACGACAGUGGAAGGUUCGAUGUCGAUAGCCAGGGAGAAGUCAAAAGAACCCGCGAUUUUAGCUAUCGGGACGCUGGGACCUACAAGCUAUCCGUCAUGGUCAGAGACUCGGGCACGCCGCCCCUGUCAGACGUCCGCACCGUUCUGAUUCACAUUUCUGGAGGAAACGGCACCGCCGGCAGGUCUGGCCUGAUGAAAGACCAAUACAUCGUCAUCGCCCUGACCUUGGUGUGCGUCACCAUCCUUCUGAGUGUCACCAUCAUCCUCAUCAUUGUCAUCAUGCGGCGACUGGACAAGCGGCGCAAACACAGCGCGGGUUUGACCCCACGGCCUCCCAUGCACAUUCCAAACUCUCGCGUGAUCACCACUUUUAUGGACCCCGUGAAGAUGGAUAACUUUAGACACGACAGUGCCAACAGAGAGUACAGAGAUGACCACCUAGGCAGUAUGGGCAAUCAUAAGAUGAAUGAUUCGCAUUUUGGGUUCACUUCCUCCAGCGGAAGUAUCAACAAGAACGGACUCGCUGACAACGGAUAUCAG